UUUACUAUUUCAAUGAAAUGCUCUACCAUAGUUCUGUUACCUGUUUGCCUACUGAUUAACACGGCUGUUGGUACCGAUGAAAUAAAAUAUACUAUACAUGGAAAUGUUUCUGUUGGGCGAUCUAUGAAUGCCAGCGUGUGUGAUAUAUUUGCACUUACUCCAAAUGACAGAAAAUAUAAAAUAUUUUCCGAUGGGUGUUACAUUGACCCUUCAUGCUCAAUCUAUCUCGUUGGUGUGGAAAACAUAGAGAAUUCUUAUAGAUUUUCUGGCACAUGUUUUAAAGUAACUGAUAUUUCAUUGGCAUGUGGAGGAAAUGAAACAAUAAUCAUUAGAGGAUGGAAUGUGAAUAUUAUUCAUCAAAACCAGUCGCUAUCAAUGUAUACAAAUCAAAGUAUGCUGGUUACAGAAGCAACCUUUGGAUGUCACAAACAAAUUGAUUUUACACAGAGCUAUGAAUUCUGUUGGGAGAACAUAUCAAUGCUGGAGAUCUCAUUUCACAGUUUAAAUAUGCAUUCUGUAGUGUUACCAGCUCUUAUAGUUCAUACACGUGUCUUUGAUGGCCCAACAUAUCGGAGGUUAAGUUUACAUUCCAUGGACACGAUGACAUUGAUAUUGGAUGACUGCAAAAGUGAUAUCCGUAAUUGGGAUUCGUGUAAAUCCACAACACAUCUUAUAAAUAAUAUUUUCAUCAAUAUUGACCAGAAUGGCAAUAUUGAUAAUAAAAACAACAAAGAGGGAACAAAUAUAUUGAAUUAUAUUAUUCCUGUACUUUGUGCAUUGAUUACUGCGAUUGCAAUAGUUGUAGCGGCGGUAAUAUCCAUAAAGAAAUGUGCCAAAAAGCCAGAAGAUAACAACGGCAAUGCGACACAAGAGUUAAUGCCUAUUGAAAACGAAAGUCUUAAGCCAGAAAAUAAAGUUGAGGUGACACAUGGGCUAAUGCCUAGCAAUGACAGACGUCGUAAAUCAGCUGUCACCAGACUGUAAACGAAGCACAUUAGAAGAAAAGGCACAUACCUAAAUUGGCUUAUAUUUUCUCAAUUCACUCUGUUCAACCGAAAAUAAAUUAUUUAUAUACUC